CUUAACUGUAAAACAUGUAGCCAUUCUUGUACGUAAAAGAAUAUAUAGUAUGUCGAACCUCUCUUAUACUUACUAAAAAAAUUGAUUCUCAAUGUAUCGACCUUGCAGUAGUAAUUAUUUACACUCGAAGAACAUAACCAAACCUCACGAGAACAGUCGAAAAUAAAUUUGGGGAUGUCAGUUUGAGAAGAAUAAUUUCAUUAAUUAGUUAUUUUUUUAUUUAAAAAAUAGGUUAAAAAAAGAUAAAAGUACCCUUGCUAUUAAUUACAAGUUUGAGAGAAAAACAUGAAAAGAAGUGUACGGGCGGUUCGUAAGGAAGAGAUUCGUAGGAAAUGGCGUCCUUUAUCAGAAAAGCAGCACGAAGAAAUGAUGAUUAUUCUUCGAACUUGUGCUAGGCUCGUAUUAAACGGGAUCAAAUCUGAGCAUAGAAAAAGUGCAGCAGAAGGAUGGAUGCUAGAAUGCUUAAAAAGGAUGAAUAUAUCACUCAAAACAUUGCCCGUUCCCCCUAGUAAAGUAGGCAGCGGCGCUUUUUCUCAAGUAUUGACAGCCAACAAUCAAUUAGAACGACAGUUGUACGGUGACUUGGAUCAUAUUCAUCUGCUACAAAAAGAGCUUGACAUAGAAAGCAUGAGAUUAGAACAAGAACAGAAAGCUUACGAACAAAUGAAGCAGAAUCUUUCUUCAAAUCAAGCCAGGUCACGAAAUAUGAAAAACAAGUUACACCCUCUUUUGAAAUCUUCCACUACAGAACCUUGGCUAGGCAAUAUCACAGAUUUGGAGAAGCGCGAUUUUCCAGGUUUGUUAUCCUCCAGUACAAAGGCUUAUGAAACCAAAGCGGAAAUAAAGUACAGCAAAAAGCUACAACCAUUUAUAAGGACUUUACAUCGUCAUACAAGUCAAACAGUUCAAUUAAGUCAAAAGGUACAGAAGGCUACUCUACUACUCCAAAGAUUUCAACAACGAAUGUCUGUUGGCCAACCGCAAACAAAACGUCCAUCAUAACAGGGCCUUUAAUAUCUUUUAAAAGAUUAAAGAGAUGACCCGAAAGACAAUUUCGUUGCAGUUAAAAAUUAGAAAUGGCCCUGAACUAAAGCAAACCCAAAAACUGGAUUUACAGCCCAUCUACUCUCAGCACUCAGACUAAUCACCUCGUCAUAAAAUACUCUCAUAUAAAAUGAGACGACAAGCCAACUUAAUGGAGUGCUUGGUUAAAGAAGGAAAGGUUUCGCAAAGUCUCCUACCAAUUUCUCUAUAGACAACUAGGGUAGGGUAAGAUGGAAAAGCUGAGAUUGAAAGAAAUCGAUUGUAAUGAUCAUUAAGAGAAAAGACAUUGUGAUUUAUAAGAGUUAAUAAUCUGUACAAUUUACUAGAGACUCUUCAGAUAGUUCUUGUUGAUCUGUGCCUUCUUUUACUACAAGCGAAGGUUGCCUUGGAAAAUUUGUUUGCACAGAGUGUUGGCGAAAAGUUCCCUUCUUAAUAUGAAUAUCGGUAUUGCAAAUUAAUUAUUGACUUGGAUAUUGUGAGUAUAGCUAGCAACGUUUAAAGGCAGGAAAACUACAUUUUUUAAUGUUCGUUUAUUGCAGGUACUGUUUCAUGUAUAAUAUUUGUAUAUCGAACAUCUGCACCAUGAUGACACAUAGAGUUUCAUUUAGUAACUAAGUUAACUCAUGAAUGCUCUCUAUCGGGACUUUUUCCUUUAAUAGGGACGAAGAACAACCGAUAAGUAUAGUUACUUUAUUCUGCACGGUUUCUUUGUGAAGAGUGAUGGAUAAAAGCGAUGUUCGAAACCAAACAGCCUCCAGUUAUCCAGCUUUCAUAACAAUAUUUAUUCAUUUAAAAUACCACCAAUUUGUUUCUACUGUAUAACCGAUUAACAACGCAUAUUGAACUAAAAUAGAAAUAAAAUAUUCUUUUUCUUAAUUUAC